AUGGCAGAACCUCUUCCGUCAGGUAGUGCAGACGCGCUCGAGGAGACCUUGGGCAGACUGUCCAAAAAGGCCGGGGUGCAAGCCACCAUCGUGCUCGACAGGACAUCGGGAGCCAUACUCAAGACUAGCGGCCAGAUAUCCUGGAUUCGAUCCACGAAAACAAACGGCGCGAGCUCGCAAGCCCAAUCGCAAGUGGCCUUUUCCACUGAAGCCAAUACAUCGCAGCCCAGCGAGCAGCAAGGGGCAGAGGAGCUGGCAGCGCUGGUCUGGGCCUUUGUCAAAACGGCGGGCACAUUGGUCGAUGAGAUCGAUUCAGAGGAUGAGCUCAAGCUGCUGCGUCUACGAACCCGCAAACAGGAGCUGGUCAUCGUUCCCGAUACAAAAUACCUACUCAUCGUGAUCCACGAGACACCGCCAGCUUAG